CCGCCAAUGGUCGCGCGCUCUGCUGCCCGGCCCACCCCUGCCGCAGCCGCAGACUCGACGGCUCGCGAAGAUGGCCGCGGCCUUGGUACUGGCCGCAGGCUUGCGCGUGGCGCGCAGAGUCGUGGCGGCCACGGGGCCCCGGGGGGCGCAGGUCCGAGGAAAUGCAGGUGUGACUGAUGGAAAUGAAGUGGCCAAAGCCCAAAAAGCAGCACCUGGAGGAGCAUCGCCAACCAUCUUCUCCCGGAUUCUGGACCGAAGCCUCCCAGCUGACAUUCUAUAUGAAGAUCAGCAGUGUCUCGUCUUUCGGGAUGUGGCCCCUCAGGCUCCAGUGCAUUUCCUGGUUAUCCCUAAGAAGCCCAUUCCUCGGAUUAGCCAGGCUGAAGAAGAUGACCAGCAGCUUCUAGGGCACUUACUCCUUGUGGCCAAGAAGACAGCAAAGGCUGAGGGUCUGAAAGAUGGCUAUCGACUUGCUCCAUUUCAGUGAUCAACGAUGGGAAGAUAGGUGCACAAUCUGUAUAUCACCUGCACAUUCACGUGCUUGGAGGCCGGCAGCUGCAGUGGCCUCCUGGUUAAACCUGCCAACUGACCAAGAACCCAGACCUAAAUGCUUGGGUGGGGAAGGGGAAAAGGGAUCCUGUGAUGUUAAUAAACUUAUUCUCUCUCAA